AUGCUUACGAUGGGAGCUCUCCUCGUUAUCCAGGCGGCAGUUCUGCCUCUUGUCCUGGUUGCUACUUACUUGCUUGCAUCAACCAUUUACAAUCUUUACCUUCACCCACUCUCCAGGUUUCCCGGCCCUUAUUCAGGCCGUGCUCAGGACUUAUGGAUUUCGCGCCAAUGGAUAUCGGGUAACUGGCCUUGGGAAGUAGAGGCCUUACACGCUAAAUACGGCGACAUCGUCCGCAUCGGUCCAAACGAAUUAUCGUGCGCGCAUCCGCAAUCGAUCAAAGACAUUUAUGGGCAGUCAAACAUCAACCAUCCUCAGUUCUUUAGGAAGUUCACAACUUUCUACAAGCAAACUGACGUCGGCGGGUCCAUCGGCACCGAAGUUGACCCGCAUGUACACCAAACCAUUCGGAAACGUUUGGCGCCCGGCUUCAGUGCGAGCGCUCUAAGAAAGCAAAGCGAUAUCAUCAUACGGCAUAUCGAUUCUCUACUCGACCAAGUCUCGAAGCACGGGGCCAGCCCAGAAGGCAUGAACAUGAGCCAAUGGUUCAUGUGGCUUGCAUUCGACGUGAUUGUUGACCUUUCCUUUGGAGAGGAGCUUGGGACAGUUGAAUUAGGUGAGCUUCUGUAA